UAUAAGCCUAGGAGAGGAAACUCUGGCUGGGGCAGAGUGCGGAGCUCCGGCUGUUCGUGGAGAACGGCGGCCGGAACGGCAGUGCCGGCAGAAGCAGCACAACGGGCAAAGUACAAUAGAGACGACAGCUGAAGGGAGCCCUCGGUCCUCUCCUGUAAACACACUCCCCUCCACCGCCACCUCCCCCUCGGCACUGUGCUGCUUGGCGCCCGAGGCCGCUCGGACUGCUAUGUAACCUCGAGGCUUCGGUAGGAAGGGGACCAGGGAGAAGAGGUUCACCCGUGGGAGCCCCUGGGGGCCAAGUUUGCGGCCACUUUUACCCGCGCCCUCCCGUAGCUCCUGCCCGGCCCCUUCCUGCAGCCCAGCUGGCCCCGGCGUCCUUCGCCUUCUCUCGUGGCCAACACCCGCGGUUCCCGGCGACCAUGGUGACGAUGGAGGAGCUUCGGGAGAUGGACUGCAGUGUGCUGAAAAGGCUGAUGAACCGGGACGAGAACGGCGGUGGCGCGGGCGGCAGCGGCGGCCACGGCGCCCUGGGGCUGCUGAGCGGCGGCAAGUGCCUGCUGCUAGACUGCAGACCGUUCCUGGCGCACAGCGCGGGCUACAUCCGAGGCUCCGUCAACGUGCGCUGCAACACUAUCGUGCGGCGGCGGGCCAAGGGCUCUGUGAGCCUGGAGCAGAUCCUGCCCGCUGAGGAGGAGGUCCGCGCCCGCCUGCGCUCCGGCCUCUACUCCGCGGUCAUCGUCUACGACGAGCGCAGCCCGCGCGCCGAGAGCCUCCGUGAGGACAGCACGGUGUCUCUGGUGGUGCAGGCGCUGCGCCGCAACGCCGAGCGCACCGACAUCUGCUUGCUCAAAGGUGGCUAUGAGAGGUUCUCCUCCGAGUACCCAGAAUUCUGUUCCAAAACCAAGGCCCUGGCAGCCAUCCCAGCGGCUGUGCCCCCAAGCACGGCUGAGUCCUUGGACCUGGGCUGCAGCUCCUGCGGAACCCCACUGCAUGACCAGGGGGGCCCCGUGGAGAUCCUUCCCUUCCUCUACCUCGGCAGUGCCUACCAUGCUGCCCGAAGAGACAUGCUGGACGCCCUGGGCAUCACCGCCCUGCUGAACGUCUCCUCCGACUGCCCAAACCACUUUGAAGGACACUACCAGUACAAGUGCAUCCCGGUGGAGGACAACCACAAGGCGGACAUCAGCUCCUGGUUCAUGGAGGCCAUCGAGUACAUCGAUGCGGUGAAGGAGCGCCGCGGGCGCGUGCUGGUGCACUGCCAGGCCGGCAUCUCGCGCUCGGCCACCAUCUGCCUGGCCUACCUGAUGAUGAAGAAGCGAGUGAGGCUGGAGGAGGCCUUCGAGUUCGUCAAGCAGCGGCGGAGCAUCAUCUCACCCAACUUCAGCUUCAUGGGGCAGCUGCUGCAGUUCGAGUCGCAGGUGCUGGCCACGUCCUGCGCGGUGGAGGCCGCCAGCCCGUCGGGCCCCCUGCGCGAGCGGGGCAAGGCCACCCCCACCCCCACCUCGCAGUUCGUAUUCAGCUUCCCGGUCUCCGUGGGGGUGCACCCGGCCCCCAGCAGCCUACCGUACCUGCACAGCCCCAUCACCACCUCCCCCAGCUGUUAGAGCCCUCGGAACGCCCCUAGACCCAAACCAGUCGGCUCUCAGCCAGGUGGGGUGGGCCCCUGUGUGGGCAGCGAGUCGGGACUGACCAGCAGGGGGCAGGCGACCCAGCUCCUUCUAUCCAUUUCUCCUGGGCCAGCCGCGGGGCCCCGCGAGAAGGGCAAUAAGGACCUCGAAUACAUAUUUAACGCAAACAAACAAAACACUCCAACUUAGAGCAAUAACGGCUUCCUCAACAGGCAGGGAAGACCUGGGUUUGGUUUGUGUGUCAGUUUUACUUUUCAGAUAGGAAUUUCUUACCUCAUUUUUUUAAGCAGUAAGGCUUGAAGUUAUGAAACCCACAGAUCCUGGCAAAUGUGCCCACUCAAUUUUAUUAAGGGGGGUGGAGGGAGGGAAGGGAAAGGGACCAGAAGAUAACAAGUUUGCCAGAAGUGCCUGGUUCUGUGUGCUUAGUCCUUUUGUCGUCGUAGUAGCUACAGGAUUUUUUUCUUUUUUUAAGAAAUCUUUUUAGGACCUGGUUUUCCUUUCUAAGUCACCAACAGGUGAAUAAUCAUGCUUAAUAAUAAAUAAAAAUAUUUAUUAAGAAUUUCCUCAUAGUAAGUACAAAAAGUCUAGUGACAGUGAAUUUAGAAAUAUUUAUAUUGAUGUGGAUCCGCGGAGCACAGUAGCAUGCAGAUGUCAAAGCAGUUAGGAAGUGGUGUGUACAAGUCAGCAUGGUGACCAACUUGCAUUCGCAGAGAAGCUGGGAGGGUGAGGUGGGCGGAGGAAGAAAGGAAGGAACUACUUUUAAAUCAGGGCGUCCUUAAGUGUUCGUGCGCGGCUGGUGGCCGCGCCCCUUCCCUCCAUCCGGGACACCGAAUCCACCCAUGCGCACAUCCGCGGAGGCUGCUUCCGCCAACAUGGAGUGUGGGCUGUCCUUUGGAAGUUGGUUCUUAGGCACAGGAACCACUGAAGCGAUUAGAAACCAUGAGAAUAUAACCGUUUCUGAUGCUCAGUUUGGCGGUGAGAGCUUUUUUUCUCAUAGACCUGCCUGAGAACUUGGAUAUUAUCUGUGAGAAAUGUUAUAUAAUGUAAGGUGCUCCUAAAAAAAUUGGGUGCAAUUCAGAGUUUUCUGCAGUGAGUUACUUGGCAAGGCCACUGGGGAGCCCCUCUGACGAGACAGACCCGAAAUGGAGCCUUUUGGAAGUGGAAGCACCAUCUUUUUUCUCUUUUGCAUAAAUCAUAAUUUUUAAUUUUAGAGGGUUUUCUUGGAAUGAAGUACACCAACAAAUUCUUGCAUUCUUAAAAUUCCUGGUUUAGGUGGAUAUUUUUCAAAGCCAUCUUGAAUAAAAAGAGGGGAAUGGACACCCUAUUUCAGGUCCCGUGGAAGUCUAGGACGGCAGGAGAGGGUGAGUGGGGACUCAGGCAGAUUCUGCUUGGGAGCUGGCUGCUCGGCUCCUGUGACGGGGACCCGGAGCAUACUCAGGUGCCAUUCUAGAACCCUUUCUUGGGAUAAUGCCAUUUUCAGGGGCCAUUCCAAAGGGGGGAAUGGCCUUUGGAGAAAGGUGGGUUGGGCUUGGGGGGGGGGGAGACAAAGCUCGUGUUAUUUAAUUUGUAGUAUUGUGGACAAUGUUGCUAUGGAGUGUCAGAUUAGAUGUAAUUGCAAAUUUGUCUAGAAACAGGAGCAUGUUUUUGUUUGGUUUGGUUUGGCUUUUUGUUUUGUUUUCUCCCUCUGAGGAUCUAAGUGAUGAACAUUCUUGCUCACCUGUAAAUAACUUCAAGCCUCAGUGUCAGAACAGUGUUGGGAUGCCCCUUUUCAUCCCUGUACCCCGACAGGAUCAGAUUCGUGACAUUUCCUUCCAUAAACAUCGUUGGCAUCGUUUGUCCUGCCUUUGUCAAGCCCUGUUGUGGGUGUGACCAGAGUUCCCGAUUCCUGAUUUCAGAAAAGCACGAGGCUCCCUCCUUCCCUGGGAGCUGCUUGGCUGAAUCAUUGGGGGGGGGAGUGUUGGGGUUCCUGGACAACAGACCUGUUCAGAGACGUUUCCACUUUUUCCUUGAUUCCUGGACGUUGCUUCAUGUUUUGUGAUGAAUGAGGUCAAGUGGGUUCGACAGCUGGAAUAGCAGGGGUUCAACAAACGGUGGACCCGAGGAGGGGGUGCCUGAGGAGGGGAGAGGUGGCUUAGAACAGAUUCACUUUCUACAGAACGAGUGUGCAUUUGCCAAAACCUGUGUAUCCUGCUUUGCCAGACAGUCGGAGCCCAGGACCCACCCCAGCCAUGUCUUUUCCCUGCUUUCCAAUCCAAGUCUUCUGUCAGCAAUGUCAAACCACUGUUUAUAAAGCUGUUUUCUUUGUACUUGAUAGCAAUGUGAGUCUUAAAACUCUUAGAAAGAAAAUAGGAAACUGGCUUGAUUGGAAAUGGGGAGUUAAGGUCCCUAUUCUCCCAUCAGAAGCCCCUUGGGUGGCUUGGCUAGCUCUGAUGAAGACAGCACCGCAGGGUCAGUCCCAGUGGCCGAUGGGUCUCAACAGGCAUCUCUCCCAUGUAGUGAUCUCCGAUGAUGCAAAAUUUCUGUAAUGGCCAGAAACAAUUGCCCCUCUCACUGAUUAAAGCUGUGCUAUUGACUCCAAAAGGCCAUAGACCCACUGGAUCUUCUGCAGAGACUGAAGGACACUGCCAGUUCCCUCCCUGCGUCUUGUGUGCCAAGGGUGUUGGAGGAGCCGUGGGGAAUGGGCCUGCCUCCCCCAGGCCAGUAUUCAGCUGAGCUGCUGGCCAGGAGCUCCCAGCCUCGGUCUUUGCCUCCUGAGGCCAUUUUCCUCAGGUGCCCAUUCCAGCCUGAUUUCAGAGAGGUUUCCACAGCGUUGGGAAGUCAUGAGAAAAAAUGUAAAAUCCUUGGAAGAUGGACAGAGGGCGGUGGGACAGGUAAUUAAUAUGUGAGGGAAAGGGGCCGUUAGGCUGGACGUUGGGCACCAAGCCCUUAGUUAGCAAAGUGAAGGUUUGCCUUGGCUGCCCAGCAGUCUCAGCUGGGGGGCUUUGAAACGCUGCUACCAGGCCAGCCCAGACCAAGUACACCCGGGUUUCUGGAGGAGGGACCCAGGCAUCAGUGUUUCAGAAGCUCCCCAAGUGCUUUCCCUGUGUAACCAAGUUUGGAAAACUGCUUUCUGGAUGGCAAGGUGCUCUUGGAGGCCAGGUCUUGAUAACACAGAGCUAGCUUUUCUCGCAGAAACCAUGGCCAGGUGUUUGUCACUGGCUCAGCUGAGGGACAAGGUGGUUUCUGUCAAGUGCUCAAGGGGCAUGUGAGCUCCUGGACGAGGCGCCCUUUCACGCUCCUUCAGAGUCAGCUGGUCUGUGGAACAUUGUCAGGACCUGAACACAGUGUCUGGAUGUCGAUGAUCUACCUUGAAAGUUUCCUUGUCUGUCAAGCAGAAUGGAGAGUGCCACCUCUUUGAAGGUACCCUCCUCCCCCCGGGGGAACUGUGCCCUUCCUUGGAGUUUCUGAGUCAUGUGAGAAAGAGGCUUCUUCAAGACAGCAAUGCAAUACUUGUAACUUCUGUAAAUAGCCCCAUCUUUCAGAGUGAUGUCAUUUCUACAUUUGAUAUGCUUGUAUUUCUGUAGGAUGUAUAUAGUUUAGGGGAUAUUUUGGUUUGGUUUUUUUUUUUUUUAGAAAAGUCAACAUGUCUGUUUUUAUUUAUUGCUUGAAAAAAAGCAUUUGAAGAAAAAUAAAUACAUUUUCAACCACC